AUGUCUGAAGAACUUAUACAAGAAAGCAACCCAAUAGACGUAUUAAAAGCUCUCAGAUCACCAAUCAGUCAAAUAGACGACAUUGUUUAUAUGGGAAAUAGAGCUGGAGCUCAAGAUUUAAGGAUCCUGAAAAGUACUGAGAUCAAACGAAUACUGCAAAUACAAAGCUGAGAUGUUCCGCCGUUGUUCCCUAAUGAUUUUAUUUAUCACUGCAUAGUAAUCGGGGAUUUACCUGAUAAUGACAUAAGUCGACACAUUCCAGAUGCGCUUAGGUUUAUUGCAGAUGCGAUAAAGGCAAAUCAGAAGGUCUUCGUACACUGCGAUGCUGGAGCUUCGCGUAGCGGAAGCAUUGUAAUUGCGUAUUUGAUGGGGAGGCUUGGAAUUUCAUUUGACGAAGGGCUGAAACUUGCAAGGAAGGGAAGGGCAUGUGUGUGACCGAAUCCUGGGUUUGUGAGCCAGCUCAAGCAAUUGAGUCCAAGUCAACUAAGCCAGUAUUUUUUUUAA